UACUGUGUAGAGCCGCUCUCACACACACAAACACACACACACACACACACACACACACACACACACACACACACACACACACACAUGCAGCAGAGUCCCGGGACUGCAGGAUUAUCAGGAAAAUGAAGCAAGAGAUUCGGGGCUUAUCCCGGAUACACUCCUCACAUCAUGGACUCUGAAUCUCUGGACAACUGUAUCCAGAGCACGCUCGCGGCCCUUUACCCGCCGUUUGAGGCCACUGGGGCUACCGUGCUCUGCCAGGUGCUGGAUGUGGUGGAGACACGGUACCGUGGAGACGGCUUGCGCUACCUCCUCGACUUCCUGGUGCCAACCAAACACAUCCUCCAGAGCAUCCAGCAGGACGCAUGUUUCCCAUAUUGUGGCUACCUGUUCCGCCACGAGGGCUGGCCACUGUGCGUCCAUGAGAAGGUCAUAAUCCAGCUGUCCUCUCUGGACAGGCGCAUCCUUCAGCCCGGAGACUUCUACCUGCAGGUGGUGGCAUCACCCAAAAGCCCUCCACGUGUUACCGUCAAGUGCCUGUCGGCGAGUGGCCAGCAUGUGGAGGAGCUGGAGGUCCCAGAGCUAGCCUACACUUCUCUCUUCACCAUGGCCUGGCUGGACUCCAUCAACCGGGAGAAGUGCGGGGACGGACGAGCCGCCUUGGAGCACUGCCUCCUCUCUGCGGAUAACAAUAUUUUCAGGGUGCCCUGGGAGGAUGUGGUGAACCCGGAGUUCAUCAGCAAACCUCCGAAAGUGGCCCAGUCCAUGGUGGCCUUCGGAAGGGUGAAGGACGUCAGAGAUGAUUCUGAUACAGAGCGUGAAGAUCUCAAUUCUGCUGGGUCAGGCAGUGGGAUUUUAAUUGACACUUUCACGGGCCAGUCAGAAGAGAGGGAAGAGCAACCUAAGGGAAUUAAGCUUUCUCAUGGUCAUCAUGUUCUUCAAGAACAGUCUAGCAAAGGCAGCAGUGGGCGGAGUUCGAUGAGCGCUGCUGACGAUUCUGAGGGCGAAUAUGUGGAGUUGUCUGAAAUCGAGCUGCCUUGUUUUUCCCCCCAGAAGGGCUCUUUGACUCAGUCUAUAAGCAUGAACUACAGAAACCUGCACAAGCCACGGACUCCAGGGCCUUCACCGAUGCACCCGAGCACUAAUCCUUCCCAAAGCCCUAUAAAAAGCACCUCAUGCUCCCAAAGCAUGGUAUGCGCCAUGCUGAUUGAGGAGAACCUAAGUGACACUUGCCAGCUUAUGGUGGCCGGCACUCUUCCAAAAGAUGCACACAGCCAGCGACAGCGGGUUGAAAGUCAAUGCAAAGUCACCUGUGCUGCAGGUACAGGUACAGAUCCUCCUGAUAGUAUGCCUGAGCAUGAGUCUGAGCGAGUGUGCAUGCCUGAAAGCUCGGACUGCAGCUGUACAGCACUUUGUGACUCUAAAGAAAAGAAAAUGUUGAGUUCAGACACUGAAACGUUAAAUGACCGUAGUCUUUGUCAAGAUGCUAAUCUUAUAGAGCCAGAGAACUCCAGAGAACACCAAUACUCUGAUUCUAACCAGCCUACAAUACCAAUAAACUGUGAUACCAAUGACUUAGAAAUGACAAAGCAGAAAGCUGAAAGUUUUGAGAUUGCAAUAGACAGUUGCCUGAAAGUCACACAGGCAGAUGAUAACAUACAAGUUUCCGAGUUUGUAGAAGCUGCUAAAUCUGAUGAGAAGCAAGUAGAAGGACACUUAGAGGUGACUAGCCAAGUUUUGACACCCAUACACUUACAUACAGCACCAUCAAUUGACCAUAAAUGCCCUGAAUCAGAGGAUCCUGUAGUCCGACCAGUGGGUCAGCCUACAGACUCUGAGAAUGCUCCAUGCACGAGCGAAAAUGGUCCAUGCAUUAGUAGCAAAAAUGACCCUUCUUGCAGCGAUUAUGGUAGCGAAGGCACUCCCAGCUUCUGUGAUGUUGAGGAGGGCAAUCUUGGGUCAGCAGGUCCCCUGGGAGAGCAGGUAGACUGUGCCUUUGUCCCCACAGAGCCUGGGAAGGUUCAAGUUACAGCUGUUGGUCCAGGUCAGGAGAGGACGGAGGAGAAAGAGAUUACGAGCAAAAAAAGUGAGGGAGAUACAAAAACAGAACCUGAGGAAGAGGUUAAGGUAGAGGAAGAAAUCUCAAAAGAGAAGGAACGAAACAGCAAGAGAGAGAUAAAGAAGGAGGUGGAGAGCAGGAGCGAAGGUGAGGAGGAUGAAGACAGAGCAGCAGUUGAUGUGGAAGACAAAAGAGAGACUCCUCAGACAGGUUUGGUGGAGUCCACGCCCAAAUCUAGCCCAAGUGUGAGCACACCUUCAGGUCAGGAGUUGGAACAAACAGACAAGGUAGAGCAGGAGGGAACAAACAAGGUAGAGGAGAGGGGAAAGAUAGAAGUAGUUGGAGAAGUGUUGGAGGAAGUUGAAUGUGCACCAGUUGGCUUAAAGGUAACUGAGGAGAGUGGGAUUAUGGGAUGCCCCACAGUUGAAAGUGAAGGGACCAUAGCUGCUCUUGUUUUAGAGACGGAAUCAGAGUCAAUCUCUCAAGUUUUGGAUGCACCAGUCGCGAAUGAGGACACACUUCCAGAGCAAACUCUGGACUUUAACACUUCAGACACAUUGGUUGAUGGAGAGACUACAUGUACUGUGACACAACCAGAGGAGGAGAAAGUGGAGGUGGAGGUGGAGACAAUAGACAAGACAAGGACGGAAAAUGAGCUUGCUUCGUCUGUUCAUAUUAAUGGCUUCACACAGCUGGAAUCAGACAUUGGAUCAAAUCAGCAUCAUCAUCAUCAACAACAUAAUCAUCAACAUCAGCAGCAGCAACAUCAAGAUCAGCAAGACUCCACCCAGGCAGAGGGUCCAUCGUUGGGUCCCAUUUUAGUGACUGCUUCCCUGAGUGAAAUCUGCACAGAGGCUCCAUCAGUGGUGAAGCUUCAGGAUCCUCUCCCAUUGUCUUUGAUGUCUGUAAAGAGCCAGCCUGUUCUCGCUGAAGCCCACAACGUCAACCCUGAAGUCCUGAGCUCGGGAGUACUCUGUCUGCCUGGCACGCGAGACAAGUCAGGCCAUGCACUCGUAAUAGUGACGACCAGAAACACAGCCUGGCUGAAUCCAAACUGCAACAGUGGUGAGCUUGUGCGGAUCAUGGUCUACUUCUACACCAUUCUUAGGAAGGAAAUGCGGGCACUAGGUUUAACCGUUCUAGUGGAUGCCCGGAGGUGCUCACCUGUCCCUGCACUCUUCAAAGCCUUCAACAUCCUCCAGGAGGCCAUGCCUGGCUGCAUCCACACUGUGCUAUUAUUGGCUGACCGGGAUUUGGCCUUACGCAUAGAAAAGCCCUCCUCAGUACAGGUGGAGCUGUUAACUUCACUGAAGUCUCUCCAUAAGCACAUAGACGUCUCUCAGCUUCCCACCGAGUUCGACGGCACUUUUCCUUUCUCCCAUCCCAACUGGAUUUGUUUCAGGACGAGGGUGGAGCAAUUAACCAGUCACUGUGAGGACGCAGUAACUCUUCUGCAAAGCACCAUCAGCACUCUGGAGUCAACAGUUCUGCCUCCUACUGCAGAGGAGGCUCAGGCAUUGCUGUGUAAAUACCAGGAGCUGAUGAGGAACGUGCUGGAGGACAGCAGGCUGGUGCGGCUGCAGCUGGAGGGCGGAGCUGCUCUGUCCCGCCUCCGCAAAGAGGAGACCAGCAUCAGCCUCACUGAGGACUACAGAGAUGCCAUCGAGAGUGUGGGCAGUCUGUAUAAUCAGGUGGACGAGCUGGUCCACAGGCUGGUGAUGCUGUCAAACAAGUGCACUCAAGAGCUGGAGUUCGUCAUGGAGUUUAACAGCCUAGAAGAUGGCUUUAAGGAGGUGAGUAAAUGGAUAGAUGAGGUCGGGGAGAGUCGACUGCAGACACUGGGGGAGCUGGAAGACUCUCUGGAGCAGCUGCGCAGCAAACAGACCCUCUUCAGAGACUUCCACGCUGCUGCUUAUGAGCAUUGUAAGAGUGGAGAGGCAUUGUUGAAAAGACUGGAGCGAUGGGAGGACGUUUCCUCAGCCGAGCUACAAGUGUACGAGGUCAAAGUUCGUUCUUUUUGGGUCCACCUGCACGACUUCUCCCAGAGGGUGGAGGACACUAAGGAGAAAAUUGAUAAGACUGUUCGCCUCUAUGAGUUCUUCGACAAGGCAUACGAGUGGGCUCUGGAAGGUAUGAGGCAUUUGGCUUGUGUCACAAUGGAGGACUGCAGCAUGCCUAAGAAAUGUCAGGGUGUGAUCGCCUGCCUGGAGAGUUACCGCAGCCAGCACCCGCCUAUACCGGAUACACGCUUCCAGGAGAUGAAGGACCUGGCCGGGGAGCUGAAGAGUGAGCAGGGUCUUAAGCAAUGGAAGUUCGCCUGGUCUAAAUGCCAGGAGACCAAACAGAUGUUUGAGAAGAAGCUGGAAGCAGCCCUGCGCGCUCGCCGCACCCUUUCAAGCGACCAGAGUGAAACCAGGUCAGUGAGUGGCACACCCCGGCGGCACUCGGAAGGCUGUGCCAAGCCCCAGGAGCGCAGCAGCAGCUUGUCCUUCUCCUGUAGGAAGGCCUUUAGUGGUAGCUGGGCUCGUGAAAGACUCUCCUUCCAGUCUUCCAGCACCUCCUCCUCUUCCUCCUCGUCCACUCCCUGCAGUCCGAUUGGCAACCGCCCGGACACAAAAGACUCAUUCAGGACCCCAACAGGAAGUCCCUAUCACCUAGAACAUCGAAUUCCACACAAAAACUUCCUUAAAUCUCACCGGCUAACCCGCAGCGUCUCUUCGGAGGAGUCUCCUCAGACCUCCUCCUCCUCCUGCUCUUACAGCCCCAGUCUCUCCUCUCUGGCGGAAACGAAUCAGAGAGUUCUGCGGAAGACUCAGAGCUUUGAUGCUGCAGGUAGCGAGGUGGGGUCACGGUAUGGGACGUGCCAACGAACACUAAGUGAACCGGCCCGCAGAGGAAACACUGGCGUCUUUAUCAAAGGCCUGGAGGUCAGCAGCACAGAGGUGGCAGAUCGGCCGUACAGCCCGCGGCUGACCCCGGCACACGGCUGGGCAUCAGUGGAUACACACCGUAGUGGGAGCCCUGUUCCAGAACCACGGGCCAAGGGCAGUAAACUGCGGCACAUUGUGGAUGAGAUGGUGACGACGGAGCGCGAGUAUGUGCGCUCUCUGCGCUACAUCAUCGAUCACUACUUCCCUGAGAUGGAACGGCUCGACCUGCCCCAGGACCUGCGGGGAAAACGUAGCGUCAUCUUCGGUAACCUGGAGAAGCUGGUGGACUUCCACAGUCAGUAUUUCCUCAAGGAGCUGGAGAGUUGCUGUAACCACCCACUACGCGUCAGCCACUGCUUCCUGCGGCAUCAAGACCAGUUUGGAAUGUACGCUCUUUACAGCAAGAAUAAGCCCAAGUCAGAUGCACUGCUAGCCAGCCAUGGCAACAGCUUCUUUCGGAAUAAGCAGCUAGAGCUAGAGGAUAAGAUGGACCUUGCCUCAUACCUGCUAAAGCCCAUCCAGCGGAUGAGUAAAUAUGCCCUGCUCCUAAAAGACCUUAUUAAGGAGGUGACUGAGGCCCAGGAGCAGGAGCUGUCCUACCUGCGUGCUGCUGCUGAGAUGGUCAAGUUCCAGCUUCGCCACGGAAAUGACCUGCUCGCCAUGGACGCCAUCCGUGAUUGUGAUGUAAAUCUAAAAGAACAAGGACAGCUGGUUCGGCAGGAUGAGUUUACCAUCUGGUACGGGAGGAAAAAGUGCCAGAGACACGUGUUCCUGUUUGAGGACCUGGUACUGUUUAGUAAACCUAAGCGGAUUGAAGGAGGCCUGGACGUGUACAUAUACAAACACUCCUUCAAGACUGCUGAUGUGGGGAUGACGGAGACGUCAGGGGAAAACGCUCUGCGCUUUGAGGUCUGGUUCCGAAGGAGGACAUCAAAGAAUCAGGCCUACAUCCUUCAGGCUGCUACGGCUGACAUCAAACACUCCUGGACCUCUGACAUCGCCCGCAUACUGUGGCAACAGGCCACACGCAACAAAGAGAUCCGUAUGCAGGAAAUGGUGUCUAUGGGAGUCGGUAAUAAGCCCUUUCUGGACAUCAAACCCAGUGAUGCUGCUAUAAAUGACCGGGCCAUUGAUUACAUCAUGAAGGGCAGAGGAGCCAGAACGAGAGCUUCCAUUGCCGUCUCCUUGUUUGACCACUCAAAUCCAUUUAAAAGAGCUCCGGUUAAUACUCCUGUUAGCGGUCCUCCGGUGGCUGGCGGGCCCUCCUCUUCCACGCUGCUGGGGCCCCUGAAUCUGCAUGUAUACAGCAGCCAGACAUUGCUACCAGGAGAGAGACCCCUCAUCAGCCCCUGCAUUGAAGAGGAUGAGCUGGAGCACGAGACCAGCAGCCAGCCAUCUAUGACUACAGAGAGUUCAGGAUCUUCUUCACACUGUCUGUCAGGCAGCGGCUCCAGUGGCUCAGACAGCGGCUGUGUCUCCAGUCACCUCCCUGAAGCUCUAUCUGAGGAGCCCAGCUCUCCCUGCGACGCCUCCUGCUACUCCUCCAUCGCCUCCGCCUCUCCCUCCGACCACAAACCACGCUUCAACAGCCAGUACAUUUCAGCGAAAGGCGCUCAGGUUAUAGGCCCAUCUACUAUAGUGUGAGCGCUUGCUGUAACCACUGCUGCCGUUUAAGGGCCAGCUACUCCCAUAAGAGAAGACACAUGCAGAAGGGGAGUCAAGACAGAAUUUAUGCUCCUCUGGAAAAAAAAAAAUCCAGCACAUCUCAUCUCAUGUGGACUUUUGAAAGAGCUGGAAAAUAGCACUGUUAAAAAAGGCGACUUUUGAGCUUUCAUAGCUUAUAUAGUUUGUUUUUUUGUUUUGUUUUUAAGAAAGUUUAAAUAUUCUUGUAUUUAUCUUUUCAAAAGUUCUGGUACAGUAGUUUUCUAUACUCUUAUCUAUGUGUAAAUAUGUGUUGUUUUAGUUUAUAAUGCAGUUAUGAACUGUUUCAGUUUCUCUGUUUUUCCUCGUUUUGUCUGUUGACCACUUUUCUUUGCUGGAGACUGCAAGACUACAAAGCAUGUGGCUCGGAUAUACAUACCUUAGUACCUGAAGGUAUAAAGAGAUCCUGUGGCUACGUGGCGCAGUCGGAUUUCCUCUUCUGCACCAGCAGCAUUCUGUUCUAAAGACUGUGGACUGUUCAGUUCUUCAUUUAUUACUGUUUAAGUUCUUGAAGCUGACCUGUGGUCAGCACUUCCAGUUUGAAUGCUAUUUGCCCCUCCAUAUUUUGAUAGUCAGACCUGUUCUAUUGGAGUUCCUGUAGAGUCAGCAGUUUGAGGAGCUGGGGGGGAAUUUCCACUGGCCUCAGGUCAGUUGUGCCCUCUUGUGCUGCUCCCAGACUCUGAUCACUGCUGGACUGGCCUUGUUUAAAGAAAAAGGAGGCAGAAUUUUCAUUUAAUUUCAUUUCACUUGUCUUGUUUGAGUUUCAAAUAAAACAGCAAAAACAGACAAAUAAAAAUGCACAUAGCCUGUAAAUAUUUGCACCAGUGGUGCUUUGAGUACAUAGCAAGUAGGAGGUUAAGGACUGAUAACUUUGUACGUGCUUUAUGCAUUAGCCAGCCAGCCAAGGAAUCACUAAAGUGCCAUUCUUGAACAUGAACUAUGAAAGCAAUUCAAGAUUUAAAAAGAAAAGGAGAGGGAAAAAACGUCAAGGUGCUGAAUUUCCACUUACAGCUGGAGCGUGAAUGUGUACUCAAUACUCAAAGUGUCAUUUCCUAACAAGUUCAUUCAUAUUUAAUAAAAAUGGAUUGCUUUGUAUCCAUAA